UCAAUUCCCCUUUCAUAAACUUGUUCGCGGUUGUUGUUCUCAAUUGCGCAUUCCCCCCAGAGCGACUUGGACUGUAUUUAUAUCCAGUCACCCCCACCAGGCUUCAACCUCCAGUUACCAUUACUUCCCGCACUCCUGCCUACAGCCUCGUCAUUUAAUCUUAUUUUACUCGUUCGAUUCGUCUGAAUCACAUCACACCGACGCCAUACAGUUGAGUGCCGUACAGGCAUCGGCCACUUGUUCACCUACUCUUAGCUGUGCCGCCUCUCCCAUCAAUCAAAACUCAUCGGCGUCACAACUAUACGUUAUUGGCCACUCCCACUUUCGUCAACAUGUCCAGCAAGACGGUCAAGUUCGGGGGGAAUACCGCCUCGAGAACAUCUCGUCGUAGUAAUGACUAUGAUUCGGGACUCGCACAAGAUCGAGAAGAUCAACGUCUCAAUAUUCGCGCCUUACAAGAAGCCCUGGACGAAGCCAAUUGGAAUAUUGCCAAGCACAAACAGAGAUAUCAGGAAUACGAAGGCAAGAUUGCAGAGGCUAAUAAAAAGCUCCGUGAGAGUGAGGCUCACAGACGCGGACUAUGCGAACGCAACGAAACACUCGAACAAGACAACAAAGCCUGCAGAGAGCAAAUCAAAGUAAACAAAGCGGACUACGAUGACCUGAGACUUGAGGCUGCUGAACUCCGACAACGACUACUGCACUACGAAUCUGGCCACGACCAUACUGCUCCACCAAUGAUGAGCGGAGGUUCUGGUGACUCCACGGCAAGCCGGUGGUCAGAUACUGGGCGAAGCAAGUCCAAGCCGGCAAGCGACGGCAUGCAUGAUCGCCUGAAGGAGCGCAUAAAUAAACCAACGGAGGCCAAGAGCGGUCGCACCCGGAGGCCAAGCGUGAGCGUGACCACUCAGACCAAAGACAUCUACAUCGAGAAGGUGCCGCCGGAGACUCCUUCCAGGUCUCAUAGCCGAUACAGUACAGCGCGACCUGGCCCCCCGGCCGUCGCUCUUAUGAAUCCGCCGAUAGUCUCCAACAUCCGUCAUUCAACAUAUUCGGCUGCCGAUUACCAGCAAUCUGGGGAUUACGAACAGUAUCCUCUUCCUGAUCACACUGGUCGGACGAAGCAUACGUAUCAUGGUUGACCUGGGUGGCUUUUGUUGAGAUAAGUCGGUGUUUCACAGGGCACCACACACGAUCGGGUCGUUCCAGACGUUGCACGGCAUGCAGAUACCCGAUUCUGCGAGGCAUUGUUCCCUUGCGGCCCGUUACAGCGCCCGUGCGCACUGCGAGUGGAAUUUUAUGGAUCAUAUAUCCCCAGAUCGCCAACCCCACCGAACCGGCACGGCUCCGAAUCGGUCAUCGGAGUUCGCCAAGCCACCUAGACGGAUCCACUUGACCCGGCCCCCAUUCCCCCAGCAUG